AUGAAUUCGACCGAGGGUCAACGCGAUGCUCCGCACAAUGCUGUAGACGUGCACGACGCCAGCCGCAUCCUGGAAUGCUCACAAACAGAGAGACAGCGCCGUGUCCAGUAUCUUGUCCGACACUACUUAUCCCAGAUCCUCCAUGGCUGUAAGAGCACUUACUGCAAUACCCCUACGUGUCUCUCGUCGAGCAAGCGCACUGCUUCCAAGCCGCAUCGUCCACCCACGCUGCUCACGGCCGUCGCCCUUGCACACUACCUUGCCGGUCAAGAUCAUCCCAAUCGUGGUUUGUGCCCUCACCAACUCAAAACCCCUCCCGAGUCAUUCGAGAUCGCAAGCAGUCUUGCGGAACAAGCUAGGGUCGACUCGGCUGGGAACUACGCUGUGUACCCUGCGAUAGGGCAGUUGGCACAACAACGUCAGCAGAACUUUGCAGGAAGCAGCUCUGGCGGUAGGGCUGCAACUCAAGCAGAAGGGCACCAUGGCGACUUGAUAAGCGCCCUUAGGCAGCGACAGCGAGAUAGGAAGGACCCGAAGGCUCUUAGUCAGAACUUGUACGACAGCUUGACUAUGAUAUAUUCUUAUACCGCGCAUAUACCCAGUCCUGCCUCUGUUCUUACUUCGUUCCGUUUACCAGCUUCUCGGGCAGAGCGGAACCAUACAGAGUCUACGCCACACACAAACGCCCAUGUAGCGACAUCACAGUUGUACGGGAAGUUGGACAACGUCGCCCAACAUUCACACCGAGCAUCCGCCGCACAUGGCAAUUUACAUUCGAGCAGUUCUGUCGCUGAGGUCCUAACUAACGGUCAGCAUGUCCACAAGAUACCUUACCAUCCAUCGAAUGGUGCAAUCCAACGACGUCCUUCUACCGCUUCACAUUCUUCUGUUGUGGACGGUGCAUCAGACCCAACAAUGCUGUCCAUCAAAAAAACAGGAAGAAAGAGCUUCACUAUCGGAGGGACGAUCCCACCUGCUGUGCAUCAGACCAAAGCUCCCUCUGUAGCAUCCAAGUCAGCUACUAAAGAUACCACUAACUCUACCCCGACAGCACCUGGCGUACCUAUCGUACCGAAACUGAGUUGCGACAUUCUCGACAAGCUCAAGGAAGACAUUCUACGCUACGGCGACAGCCGCUCUACUGACUUGAACUACGUUGUCGACUUCGAUCCUGGGCGGCGAACUCGACGUGCCAAACCACUUGUCAAUCGGUCUUUGUUUUAUGCGCUGAGCAAUCCACAAAAGCUCCUUGCGUCUUUCCAUGAUGCCAACCCAGACUUCAAAGACUCACCUCUGCCACAUCUUGACUCGUUGCGCUUAGUGAACUCCUUCCGUGGUUGGAACCAUCGCAACGGUGCGCUCAUAUUCGACAGCCUCUGGCUUGCGCUGGAGGCUUUGUUUACCUGUCCACCGGAGCUUGUCGUCCAGAAGAGUCCUCGCCUAAGGCCCUCAAGGAAGGGCGCUUCCACAGAUAGUCAACCGGGCAAACCACCUGGUACCCAGGACGAUAAAGCUGCAGCCUCGCGUUAUCUUGACACAAACGAAGCUGCUCAUAUCGUUAUGAUUUGCAUACAUGCACUCACCUCACUAGUACCAGUCGGAUGGCCACACACGUGGGCACAAAUCCGUAAGCUGCGAUCCUGGGGCGUCAUGGUGCCGGACGCGACUCCCCAUCCUGAUAAAUUUGUGCAUCCAUACAUGGACAUCAUUGAUGAGCUAGAGUAUGAGCCAGCGAUUCGUCUUGCUGAUCGGUUACUUCGUGCUAUCGGAGCACGAACUUGCUUCGAGCACAUACUGGCAAGCUUGGAUGGCGACGCAGAUACGACUGGGUUCAGCACAACACUAAUGGGUGUCGUUAUAAAGCACUUGGAAGUUUUGGAGCGCAUUAGUAUGGCUAUGAAACUAAGAUUGACUACCAAUCAUGAUCUGGACGGAGACCCUGGAUGGACUGUUACAGCCACUUUCAUGGAGUGGCUCCGGACUAUUGUCAUCAAGAAGUGGGAAAGCAAGGCCGAGGUAAACAAAUGGAGUAGCGUUGGUACAGCUAUAAUGAUCCUCGACAAGCUUCAUUCGAAACAACAAGCUUUGUACUUAAACUCCAAAAUGUUCGAGAUGCCAAUACUUCACGAGCGAAUAGACACCGUGAACGAGCCUAUCAACUACCUUACAUGGGAGCAUCAUCCCAACACUUUACAUGUCUUUGAGUACCCUUGUCUCUUCUCCAAGCAGCACCUUGUGGCUUACUUUCGCACAAUCAACUUCACGGAGAUGAUGAAGCAGUACGACCACACCAUGCGCACACAUCAAAUGCAGAGAUCGCUAGAGAUGUUCCUACAAGAACCUUAUUGGUGGGAGAUUAAGAGACGAACCAAGGUAACACUUAGCGAUUACCUGGUGCUGGAUGUUAGUCGCGAAGAACCACUGAAGGAUACACUGGAUCAGUUAUGGGGCCAGGACAAGAGGAUGCUUCUCAAACCGCUGAAGGUCAAGAUGGGCCACAAGGAAGGAGAAGUUGGUCUAGACCACGGCGGCGUGACAUAUGAGUUCUUCCGCGUAGUUAUGAGCGAAGCAUUCAGGCCUGAAAACGGUAUGUUCACAAUCGAUUCGCAGACACGUAUGACGUGGUUCCAACCACAAAGUCUGGAACCCAAAUGGAAGUUUGAGAUGCUCGGCAUACUCUUCGGUCUUGCUGUAUACAACGGCAUCACUCUGCCCAUCACUUUUCCUUUGGCUUUCUAUGACUGCCUCCAAAGUGUAGGCAAUCCGCUCUGCAGACGUGUGGCUGGGUACGACGCACUGAGCUAUAUAAGAGACGGCUGGCCGAGCCUGGCUGAGGGCUUCCAGAAACUCUUAUCCUGGCGCGAUGGCGACGUUUCAAACGUCUUCGUGCGCGAGUACAUCUUCAGUUACGAAGCCUUCGGCCAAAUCGUCAACCAGAACCUUUCUCACGAAUCCGCUCCCAUCACAACACCUCCAGAAUCAUCGCAAGAAGAACCGGAUCUAGUCACAAACAUCAAUCGAGAACAGUACGUUCGAGCCUAUGUCCGCGCUCUGACCUACGAUUCGAUCGCCCCACAACUUACCUCUUUCAUUCGUGGCUUCAUUACCUGCAUCAACGCCAAAUCGCUCCAACUCUUCACCCCUUCCACACUCCGCCACCUCAUCGAAGGCACACAGCACAUCUCUAUCUCCGAUCUUAAACGCUGCGCAAAGUACGAAGACGGUUACACCGCGUCCCACUCCAACAUCCGCGCUUUCUGGGAUGUGGUAGAGGAUUACAGUCAAGAGGACUUAAGGCACUUGCUGGAGUUCGUGACGGCGAGUGACCGGGUACCGGUUACGGGGUAUGAGAAACAAGAUCGACGUUGCAAUACCACGACCCCUCUCACGAUGUCACCACACUCAACACAAGACCCGUGUAUCCCCUACGGUCGUGGCGGAGCAGGAAACAUGCGCCGUCGUUCCUCAAUAGCCGCCGCCUGGUCAACCAUCCUCUCCCACCCAUCACCCACAGACAGCAACAAACUGAACCUCGUAUCAAGCCCAGAAGAGCACUACGCUGCUUCGAAAUCUGAGCCUAGGCGACGGCGACACUCUUCUUCCACGUCGGAGGAUGGAAGCGAAGGAAGCAUGCGGAUGAAGAGUAGUGUGGACGAGGGCGCAAGGAGAAGGAGAAGUAGUGUGUGGAGUGGCAGGAGUAGGGCAAGUACGGCAGGAGAAUCUGGAUCUAGAUGGAGGAGGCUACUACAGUUUAGAAGAGCGGGUGGACGCAUAGAAAAUGAAGCCAAGAAUGAGGACGUAGAGUAA